UCAAGGAAGCUGAUAAGGCUUUCUGGGUUCAAAUGGGAUUCCCAGCAGCGAUGCAGGGAUACCCAUUAGGUCAAUGUUAAUCAGAUAUCAAAAGUGUGGCUUUGUUCUGUAAAUAUUUCUGGUUUAUAAGGUAGCUGAUCAUGAAACCUGGACUGGCAACCUAAAAAGCUUUUGGAAAUUGUUGUGGGCGUUAGAUUAUGGGCUGCAUUUGCUCAAAAGGAACCGAAGAAGAAGAAGAAGAAGCUGUUCACGAUGAUCGUCAGAAGGAGAAAAACAAAGUGCUCAACGAAUCCUCUGUACAGUUGGUUGCUCCAGCUCUGUCAAAGGAGGAGGAGCACGUGAUUAAACUGGUUAAUAAUACUAACAAUGCUGCUGGAAAAGAUUGUUCAGUGCGGCAAGCACCAACUGCUGUUCUGGUGGCGAAGGAGGGAGACAAGAAAACAAUUAUAGUGGAAAGACCUUCAAAAACUCAUCAUCGAUGGGCGACUAUGGAUGUGGGAGCUGCAGAGGAAAGGAAACAGCAGCAACUGUCAUGGAUAAACAGCAUGCCACACAGCAGUGAAGGUGAACUGGUCAAUGCCGGUUGGCCAUCAUGGUUGACCUCAGUGGCCGCAGAUGCCAUCAAAGGGUGGGUUCCUCGACGGGCAGACUCGUUUGAGAAGUUAGACAAAAUUGGGCAAGGAACUUACAGCAGUGUAUACAAGGCCAAGGACCUUCAAACAGGCAAAAUUGUGGCUUUGAAGAAGGUGAGGUUUGUCAAUAUGGACCAAGAAAGUGUGCGGUUCAUGGCUAGGGAAAUCCAUAUUUUGCGGAAACUCGACCAUCCAAAUGUCAUGAAGCUUGAGGGUCUAAUUGCUUCAAGGAUGUCAUGUAGUUUGUUCCUCGUUUUUGAGUACAUGGAGCAUGACCUUGCAGGCCUCGCAGCAACUCCAGGCAUCAAAUUCACCGAGCAACAGAUUAAAUGUUACAUGCAACAGUUGCUUCAUGGACUCAAACACUGUCACAGUCGUGGUGUUCUGCACCGUGAUAUAAAGGGUUCAAAUCUACUGAUCAACAAUGAUGGGGUUCUCAAGAUAGGAGACUUCGGUUUGGCAACUUUGUAUCAGCCUGAUCAAGAUCAGCCAUUAACAAGUCGCGUUGUAACUCUGUGGUAUAGAGCACCUGAGCUAUUGCUUGGUGCCACCGAGUAUGGAGUUGCCAUAGAUUUGUGGAGUGCUGGUUGUAUUCUCGCAGAACUGUUUGCCGGAAAGCCUAUCAUGCCAGGAAGAACAGAGGUGGAGCAAAUGCACAAAAUCUUUAAGCUUUGUGGUUCACCUUCCGAGGACUACUGGCAGAAGACAAAGUUACCACUUGCAACGAGCUUUAAACCACAACAUCCCUACAAGCGAGUUCUAAAGGAAACGUUCAAGAAUUUCCCUUCUCCGGCUUUGGCUCUUGUCAAUAAGCUUCUAGCAAUCGAGCCAGAGGAUCGCGGAUCAGCUACUUCUGCCCUGAGAAGUGACUUCUUCAAUACGGAGCCGCUCCCUUGUGAUCCAUCAAGUUUACCCAAAUAUCCUCCAAGCAAGGAAUUGGAUGCCAAGCUUCGAGAUGAAGAAGCAAGAAGGCGAAAAGCAGAGGCCGUAAGAGGGCGUGGACCUGAAUCUGUUAGACGGGGUUCAAGAGAUUUUCAGGCAGUUCCAACACCAGAAUUCAUUGGUUCAGCGCAGUCAAAAGUCACAAGUACAAGUGAAAAAUUCAAGACACAGGAUUCCAGUCGCUCUGGCUUCACUGUUGAACCAUCCAGAGGAGCUACCCGGAAUGGCUAUACUCAUUCGACUUCUAUGGUUCACCCUAGUGCAAUGGGAUUGUCGUGGAAUAAGAACAGAGAUCCUAUAACAAAUACAGCAGAGUUGAAGACACAGAUAUCUAACUUGCCUCAUGUGGCUGCAGAGUUGUCUGGUUCUUCUCACAAGGACAGAGCAUCAAACAAAGACCCUACAAUGGGGUAUGUAGCUAAGAAAAGCAGAAUCCAUUACUCUGGACCAUUGAUGCCUACUGGUGGAAACAUAGAUGAUAUACUCAAAGAGCAUGAAAGGCAAAUUCAAGAUGCGGUCCGCAAAUCUAGACUUGAGAAGUCUGGAACAAAGAAAAACAAUGAUCUAACUUUUCAGCUACCUUGUAAUGGAAGAUAUGCUUAAUUCUCAAAAAUUUUAAAAUUUUGCCACAGUGAGAGGAAAAGAUCUCCAAGUUCUUAUAGCUGGAGCUUUUACCUGCGACUGCAGAGUACUACAGAGAGACAACAUUUAUCAUCAAGGCUAAAGUUAAAUUAAGGUGAUAACACCCAGCAGAGUUUGUUAGGACUAUGUAGAACAAUUGAAAAAUGUACGGCCAUUUGUUUGGUUACUAGUAUGUUAUAGUUGCUUGUUCGCUUUGUGUAUAGUGGAACGGAUUGUUAGGUAAAAGUCACUAUAUAUAAAUACUCCUCAUUUAGAUCUGUUUUCUUUCCCCAAUAUUCUCUGUAUUUGAACUACAUGAGGUAUAUUAUAGAUAGAGAGUUAAACAAUUUGUGGACAAUGUUUAAUUAACUACUGAAAACUACAAAUUGCUUGUGAUGUGAAAUGAUGAAUAUUAUAAGAUUAUGUGGUUUGGAUAAUUAAGA